GGGCGAACUCUGAGCCAUUUUGGGGACGGUGUCAGUUUCCACUGUGUGCCUUCAGCGUUGCAUUUUUUCCCUCCUCCGCCCUCCCGUCCCUGUUUCCCCACCAACAACUAUGAAAUAAUAAUAAUAAAAAGGAGACCAAGAGGCAGAGCAGGGGGCCGAGGGGGAGACAAUGGGCUGGUGGAGACAGAACCCAUCCGGAUUAGAAAGAUUUUAAACUCCCAGCUCCUCAGCCACCCAAAAACCAGACUCAGAGAGAGAGCGAGAGACAGAGGGAGUGAGAAGGGUCGGUGGAGGAGAGGAGAAAACCCGGUUGUUUUGUAACUAACAUGAGCUGAGAGCAGCAGCAGCAGCAGCAGCAAUAAGCUUAUUGCAAUUGACAGCGUCUGCAGUUCAUUUCAAGAUGGCCGCUUGGCUCACAUUCAUUUUCUGCUGAACGACUUUUAACUUUCAUUGUCUUUUUUGGCCGCUCCGAUCGUCACCCACCGGCUCCUUUUUCCGGAGCCGCCUUUUCUUAAGCAAAAAUGCACCGAACAACCAGAAUCAAAAUAACCGAGCUAAACCCCCAUCUCAUGUGUGUGCUCUGUGGCGGGUACUUCAUUGAUGCAACAACCAUCAUCGAGUGUCUACACUCCUUCUGUAAGACGUGUAUCGUACGUUACUUGGAGACAAGCAAAUAUUGUCCUAUAUGUGAUGUCCAAGUUCACAAAACCAGACCGCUUUUGAAUAUAAGGUCAGAUAAAACUCUCCAAGAUAUUGUGUACAAACUAGUACCAGGCCUUUUCAAAAAUGAAAUGAAAAGAAGAAGAGAUUUUUAUGCAGCUCAUCCAUCAGCUGAUGCUGCCAAUGGCUCUAAUGAAGACAGGGGAGAAGUUGCAGACGAAGACAAAAGAAUUAUAACAGAUGACGAGAUAAUAAGCUUAUCCAUUGAAUUCUUUGACCAGAAUAGAUUGGAACGGAAAGGAAAUAAAGAGAGAGAGAAAUCAAAGGAUGAGGUGAAUGACAAAAGAUAUUUACGAUGCCCAGCAGCAAUGACAGUGAUGCAUCUAAGGAAGUUUCUCCGAAGUAAAAUGGACAUACCUAAUACUUUUCAGAUCGAUGUGAUGUAUGAAGAGGAACCUUUGAAGGACUACUAUACACUAAUGGAUAUUGCCUAUAUUUACACUUGGAGAAGGAAUGGACCUCUUCCUCUGAAGUAUCGAGUUCGACCGACUUGCAAAAGAAUGAAGAUCAGCCAGCAGAGAGAAGGCUUAAAUAAUAGCGGAGAAUUAGAGAGUGACUCUGGGAGUGACAAGGCAAGCAGCCCAGCAGGAGGCAUCCCCUCUACCUCUUCUUGUUUGCCCAGCCCCAGCACGCCAGUGCAGUCUCCCCAUCCUCAGUUUCCUCAUAUCUCUAGUACUAUGAAUGGAACCAGCAGCAGCCCCACCAGUAACCACCAACCCUCCUUUACCAACAGAGCGCGGAAAACAUCAAUAAAUGGCUCUUCAGCAACUUCAUCGGGCUGACACCUCAAUGAGACUGCCGAAAGCCCUGAUUUAUAUAGAUCUCUUCAUGCCAUUACAGCUUUAUAGAUGCUAAUACGUGUGACUAUCGUCCAAAUCGCUUUCUUUUGUAGUGACACCGAACUUGGCUAUGAAAGAUGGACUAGGUGACUGUUUAUAUGGACGUUCAUCACAACGAAAGAUUGUUCUGUAAAGAAUUAUUUUCAAGGGACUGGGAAGCAAACAGACGUGUACCAUGAUGUGUUAGGAAAGAGUUGGAGUGAUUGCUGUCCCCAUCAUUUAGAGGUGGGAACCUCCGGAAGUGGAUCUAAACCUUGGGAUGUAGUUUGUUAAUCCAGACUAACUCCUACAUUACAUUCUCUUCAAUUGUUAUUGUUAUUAUGCUGUUUUGUGAACCUGUAGAAAGCAACUGCUUUUUCAUCUUGAAAUUCAACAAAACGGAAAGAAUAUGCAUAGAAUAAUGCAUAUAUGUAGCCAUGUCACUGUGAAUAACUAUUUCUUGCGUAUUAGCCAUUUUGAUUCUUAUGUUGCAUCCUUACUUUUCUGUUGCUGCGCAGAACCGAUCAAAAUGAAAGUAAACUUCAGUUUUACAGUUUGUAUGCCUAAAAGCGGGUAUUACCGUUUUAUUUACUGACUUUGUUUAAAUGAUUCGCUUUUAUAAGAAUCAGAUGGCAUUAUGCUUGUUGUACAAUGCCAUAUUGGUAUAUGACAUAACAGGAAACAGUAUUGUAUGAUAUAUUUAUAAAUACUAUAAAGAAAAUAUUGUGUUUCAUGCACUCAUGAUAUGGUUGUUAAAUUUCCAAACUGGUUCGACCCUUGCAGAUGCCACCUGUUUGAAUUUUGCUGAUAUUGCAGAGAACACUUAGUGUGUGUGUGAAAGCUUCAUUUGAGAGCUACCACAAAUCUCUGUUAACCUGAAAGCAAUUGGCAAUCUUAAUAGGAUUUUAUGGGCUUUAUCUUGUUUCAAGUGAUAUAUUUUUACUUUUACCCAAGGAUACUAAUAGUUUAAAUGGUGCAGUGAAGAAAAAUUAAGGAACAUGGAAGUGGUUUACCUGUUUGGUUAGUUUUAUUAUUUGGUGUGAUGGGAUUGUGUUUUUUAAAAGCACAUGAAAUCAUUAUAGAAGCCAUAAAAUAUGUGGUAUAAAUUUUAAGGAACCAGCAAGUUGCUGGAUGAAGGCAUUUUAUCUAAAUUUGUUUUAAUAUAUAUAUGUAUAUGGUACAGUACUAACUUCAUUAACAUUUAACAGGUACUUUAAUAUUUCCAAUAAACUGUGGAGAACGCCUCCUCUUUAAUGUUCUGCCAAUAGGAGCAUUUUAUCAGAGGCUCCCAAAGGUAUUAUUUUUGAACUAGAAGGAACACUUUCAACUUAAAAUAUGAAUAGCCCGGAACACUUUUCAGUUUGUGCUUUGCUUUGGUCGAACUUCGUGUGUGUUCAUCACCCAUCAUUUAUACAUUUGUGAGGGUGUUUAUUCUAUAUGGAUAUUGUUUCAUGUUUGUACGGGAAAAUUGUAGUUAAACAUUUCAUUGUCUCCAGUCUGCAACAGAAGCACAAUUCUAUUGCUUUGUCUUGCUUAUAGUCAUUAAAUCAUUACUUUUGCAUAUAAAUUGCUGUUACUUGUCCUGCUUGUUUUUAUAGAUCAGGUGACUGCAAAUCCUCCCCUGGGAUUAUUGAUGUAUAAUGUCUUGUUAAACGAGAUUUGAUAUUUUUUUCCUGUAGUAAACAUGUACAGUUCCAUUUGAGCA